UGUCACAGAUGAAUGUAAACAAAUAUGUUUAAAUAACGGUAAAUACAUGAGUUAAGUCAUGCAGAAUUUAAAAAAAUAAAAAAAUUAUUAAAUUAAUUAAAAAAUUAAAAAUUCAAUAAAUAUAACAGUAGAUUUAUAACAAAGCAUUUCUUAAAUAAGUUUUUAUUUGAAUUUAAAUGUAACCUAAUCUCUAAUAAAGAGUAAAGUGCAAAUCAUUAUAUUAUAUAUUAUGAUAAUUUACAAAAAACAUUCAAAAACAUAAAAUUCCUAGACAUGGCUUUAGCACAGCCCCAACAGCAAAAGUCUACCAUAAAGUCUAGUGAUUCUUUAAUAGUACCCCGUACUCCAUACACCCAUUGGAUCCAUUGUAACCGUUGCUAUGAGCAAUACAUAAAUAAGAAGCGCCACUUUUAUUUGCUCGCUUGUGAUCAUGUGUGUUGUUUCGAAUGUGUGGAAAAUAUCAGCGAAACCUUAAUUAAUGGUCCCCAAAUAUUUAAAUGUCCAUUGUGCAGUAGACAGACUAGGGCCUGUAAAUUGGGCAAUGAAAUGCCGCCACACUUGAAGGAGUUAUUUCAUCCUGAUCCCUCUCUCGAUGGUUUGAAUACAUAUCGUAUAAUAGCUUUUCAGGAGAAACAUCAAAAGCGUUUUAUGGAUUAUCUCGACAGACAAUAUAAUACCAUGCAAGAUCGUAAAAAGGAAGUCAUAAGAAUUAAAGAAUUGGCCAGGAAACAUUAUCAACAAAUGGGAGAAUUGAAAACAGAACGCAAACAUUUGGAGAAACGGGUAAUUGCUAUAAAGCAACAACGCAAGGAAAUGGAAGAAAAUAGGAAAAAUAAAAGAUGCAAUUCUUCCGAGACCUCCAGUCAUUCUUCAGGAGCUAAAAUGCCAAAAACCCCACCAUCUAAAAAUGUCACCAGUGAAGGGAUAACAUCAUUUUCUCAUCACAGCAGUAGUAGUCAUUCGUUUAUGUUGUGAAAAACAUUAAAAAUUGUUUUUUUUUUUGUAA